UCCAUCUUACCCUGCCUCAUCUUCCGGCUCGUGCUAGUCUGCCAAGUAGUAUUUGUACGCGAAUCCCAAGCACAAUCCCCCACGGCCGAUUCAACCGAGAUAAUGGCAAGUCACGGCGUAUCCCGCACUAGUCGAUCCGCCCGAACCGAAGAGCACCGUCAGCGAGACUCCGACAGGAUCAAGCAGUAUCGCGAACUCGAGAACUCGGUCCGCGCCCAAGCAGCCUCCAACCGCUACGACGACGCCCUCUUCCAACUCACCUCCAAGCUGCUGCGCCUGAAUCCCGAGUACUACACCAUAUGGAACGUCCGUCGCCGCUGUCUAAUUUCUGGAUCAUUCUCCGGACGUUCGCGUGGAUCGUCGCCCUCGAAGGCGUCGCCGAGUAUUUCUCCGAGCGCCACUACGAGACCGUCUUCCGACGACUCCUCGCCCUCGUCCUCGGAUGCGACCCGGCAAGGCCAGCUCUCCCCGACAGCUGGGAAGAAUGGUACUACAGUUGAUGGCGAGGCGGAAAGAAGAGGAGAAAGAGGAAGCGGGGAGGUAGAGGGGGAGGAGGAGGGGGGAGCGGACGCAGAUGCCGAUGCCGACGUGAGCGCUCUACAAUCCGAACUCGCAUUCACAGUCCCGCUCCUCCUCGAGUUUCCAAAGUGUUACUGGAUCUGGAAGUAUCGCAGGUGGCUGCUCGAGCAGGCCAUCGUGAGACUUCCCCUGGCGGCUGCACGCAAGAUAUGGGAUGCGGAGCUCGCUCUGGCAUCCAAGAUGCUAACCAGAGACCGGCGCAAUUUCCACGCGUGGGACUACCGGAGAUACGUAGUCGCCACGCUGGAAAGUGCUUCGCUGGGAGGGAAGAGCAUGGCCGAGGACGAGUUUGCCUACACGGAACUCAUGAUACGUCACGACCUAUCCAACUUUUCCGCCUGGCACAAUCGGAGUCGGCUGAUGCCCCGUCUGCUAGACGAACGUAAUGCUGAUGCCGCGGCAAGAGAGGCUUUCCUCAAGAAGGAGCUGUCUUUCAUCCACGAAGCGCUCAAUGUUGGUCCUGAAGAUCAGAGUCUCUGGUACUACCACCAGUACCUGCUGUCCCAGAUCACCGAUCACGCGGGCACCACCAUAGUACCGGCCCUGACCGCUGAGCAGAGGGCGGCUUACAUAAACGAGGAAAUUGAUUACAUUAAGGAUCUUCUAGAGGAUUACGACGAUAUAAAAUGGAUUUACGAAGCCCUACUCACAUACACUGUAGCCCUCCGUGGUCUUGGGCAGCGCGGAAAUGAGGGUGCCCAAGUCGACGAUCCCCACGGAUGGCUGGCGAAGGUUCGACAACUGGACCCGGUGCGAGAGGGGAGGUGGGUCGACGUAGGGAAACAAUUAGACCCAGAUCGACAUUAAAGUCACAAGUUACUUUUGUCACCGCUCCGCCCCCUAUAGAGCCAGCGUCCCGUUGCACUUCCCCACGACUAAACUGGCGUUUUCCCCGACGAGCCCGUCGAAGUACGCGAGGAGCGUCUCAGCGGGCACCAUGUCCAUCAGACCGAGACUCGGGCUCGAGGACUUCAGCGGCUGCCCGCCGAAUAAUACCCUGACGAAGAACUCGCCUUGGCUCCUUCGGCUGGGUUGUGCCCUCCUAGCCCUGACACUGGGGCUACCGCAUGGCCCCGGACCCGUCGCGUUCCCUUUUCUCUCGUACAUUUCGAAGACGAUCUCGCUACCCAUGCCGGGCCACUAUGAGCAACUUGUGUCAGCGAUUUCACGCCUAGAAGUCGAUGGUGGGAAAUGGUUUAUAUGCCUUAGUGGUUCGGUACUCUCUGGGCAUACACAAAGAGGUGGUGGGCACCUCGUGACGACGAGGGGGUUGACGAGCGUCGAUUGUUUUCGUACGGGGCACUUAGAGCUACAUAAACA